GUUUGAGGAGCUGUCUAGUGUCUGUGAAGCCUGAAACUGAACGUCUUGUUUUGUUUGUUAUUCUCUUUAGACUAAUAAUUAUUUAUCUAAUUUAUAGUAACUCUGUGUCAUUUAUUCCACGUAUACCUUGAUUGAUAUUUCUAUAUUAUAUUAUUUUAAGAUGACCAAUAAAUACGAUGCAUUAAAAAACAGUGAUGACAUUGACAGCGGUGAAGAUGGAGAGAACGGAUCAAGAGAUCAGUGUGCAGAUAAAAUCGCUCAACUUCCGCCUCUAGAAAUCCCACCGCUUCAUCAUAAACUUCAGUACCAGUACUGGUUGUGGUUCAGUAAAAGAAAUCCAGGAAAAGCAUAUCAGCCUUACGAUCAGAAUCUCAAACUGAUCGGCCAGUUUGGAUCCGUAGAGCAAUUUUGGGCCUUGUACUGUCACCUAAUGAGGCCCUCUGAAUUUUCCAGUCACUGUGAUUUUCAUCUUUUCAAAACAGGGAUCAAGCCAAUGUGGGAGGAUAAAGCGAAUAAGAAUGGAGGCAAAUGGAUCGUAAGAUUGAGAAAGGGACUUGCCUCCCGAUGUUGGGAGAAUCUCAUAUUGGCCAUGCUGGGUGAGCAGUUCAUGGUGGGGGAAGAGAUCUGUGGAGCCGUCGUGUCAAUACGCUAUCAGGAGGAUUCAAUAUCCGUGUGGAACAAGACAGCCACAGACCAAGCAACGAGAAAUCGGAUCGGGGAGACACUGAAGAGAGUGCUCAAUAGUCCUCCGAACCUACAACUCGAUUAUAAAUCUCACAACGAUAGUCUAAAAGGAUGGACCAGGGUGCCCCAAAAUGCAGCUGCUGUGCCAAAGAUAUGACAGAUGUCUUUCACUCGAUGAACUGUUCUGUCAAUGUAUAAAGUUAUAUAAAGUUUUUUUUAUUUGAAA